AUGUCAAAUCAACCAACGAGUUCCAACGAGCCCGUGAAUCAGCAGACGAGAAAAAGGCCUUUGGUGGAGAUUGAUAAGCCGACGACGGUAAUGUGCACGGUGGUGGCAAUUGAUCACACAAAUCUGUGUUACAGAGUUUGCUCCGUCUGCGAAAAGACUCUUCCUGAGAAUCCUGAAAUUACUUGCAAAUACUGCACCUUUAGCAACAACUUCAACCCUACCACUUCUGGUUCCAAGCGGCUCUUUCGUAUUCUUAUGUCGAUAGCUACAGAUACAAAGGUGUUUGUGGUGAUAAUGUUUGACAGGGCUGCCAGGGUUCUGUUUGGUUGCUCGGCAGAUGAGUUCUUUGAUUUUGCAAAGACCCGCCCUUAUGCUGCCAUGGCAGCCGGUGAGGCAUUGGAGGGGGAGAUGUUGGCGGUGACACUAUCAAAGCCGAAAAAUGGUAAUGCACAGCACAUUCGAGUUGUAUCUGUUGUGCCCUUGCGUUCUAAUUUUCAACCGGCUAUUGUGACUUUAAGGGAAGUGUAUCGAGCAAGAGGAGCUUCAUCACAAUCUCACUAA